UCGCUAUCGGCGCGCGCUAAAAUUUUAAAGGACGUAUGCUUCCUAUUGUAGGUAAAGUGAAAAGUAUGGCAUAUCAGUUGGUCAUUUUACUACUUAUCACUAUAUUUAAAUCUGAACUGUAUAUUUUAAUUCUACACCAGCCAAACUACCGGCAUUUUCUUAAAAAUUCUGUCGCCUCCGUAUAAUUCAGUGUGUGCUGUACAUACCGGAUGGUUUUGCUUUUUGCACUGGCCGCAUUGCUGUGUCAGUAGUUUGUACUGUUUGCGACUGUAAUUCCGGAGAAAAUGGACAGGUACAACGAUGUCAAAGUGCUGCUGAAAAGCUGGGAGCAGUCGUUCCUCCGUGAAAACCAAAGGAAACCGAACAAGGAUGACAUAGACAGUGCUCCAGAUGAGACAAAAAAACUCUACAAAGAGUACAAAAGGCUCAAAGAGGAGAGAGAGGCUGCUGGACAUGACCCCUCUCUGGGCAGAAUGCAGGAUCAGGCCCCUGAGAAGGGUUCUGGCUCUUGGGGUUCUCAUCUGAACCGUAAGAACAAGCCAGUAGAUCCGCCGAAACUGACCUCUAAGGACCGGGAGUCUCUCCAGACCUCUGCCCAAUACUUCGGGAUGAAACUGAAGGCCAAUUUGGGGGAUUCCAUAAAGGAGAGAAGCGUCUCCUUGAAGAAGUCCUUCACUCCACGGAGAGAGCCCGUGAAGUCAUGGAAAGACGGCCCUCUCCCAAGUGCUGCCGCAGACGCCGGUGCCCCCCCCCUCGAGCCACCAGUUCCCCUUCCAAACCCCCGGGCUCCGAGCCCCGUGGCUGAUGAGGCGCCGUUUGAAACGGUACCAGCCUUCGCGCUAUCCGACGACUGCCAGCCUAAGGCGGGCACACCAAACACGCUGGCAGAGCGGGCGCAGCGGCUGCGACGCUCCAUCACAGAGCGGCUGUCUUCCGUGGACAGUGGCUGGCUGAAGCGAUGUCAGGUGUUCGAUGAAGUGGCGGAUGAGGAGAAGCCAGCUACGGGUAAUCUGUGUUCCGCGCCAAGGGUGGGGAUGACGGUGUCAGACGGCGCCAGCGAAAACACGCCGACCGCCAGCCCCCAGGUCGCCCCGGUGCCACGGGAUGACUCGACUCCCCCACAAGAGCCCGUGUCCAGGACUGUGCGAGAGCCACUGCCUCACGGGGACAAGUUGCAGGUCGGUCACGUAAUGUCUCCAGCAGGAAAGGCGCAAUGCGAGGCCAGCUCGUGCGGUUACCCAUUAAAGGCCAGAGUCAGGGGGGGCGAUGGGGAAAGCAGACGGGGCCCUGGAGGCGAGGCAUGCAGAGGCCAGAACAUCACUCCUGUCAGUGGUGCUAAAGAAUCCCGUUUGAGGGCCAGAAAUACUGGGGCAGGAGAAGUCACUACGGGCGAUUCGUCCCAAGGAAGAGGGUCAGAGGUGAGGUCAGAGAAGGAGGAGGUGAAGACGACGAGGAGGAGGAAGAGGCAGAGGGAGCCUGAAGGUGAAGGAGACAAGCAAGAGGGUGUUGGGGAGGCAGAGGGUACUGAUAUAAAAAGGAGGCGCACCCGGAAGGGGUCUGCAGAGGGUUCGGGUACGCCCCGUGCUAAGCGGAAAAAGGCCAAGGUAACGGAGGAUGAAAAUGGUGACCAGGAUGAUCCUGCCGGACAAGAAAAGGUCAAGGAGAAGCUUAGGAUGCCCCAGGAGAACCUGCUGGGGGAAGUGGAUGAGGAGGACCUCCGCAGAGCUUCAUCUCAGCCGAAGAGGCCCGUGAACACACGGACCAAGAAAAAUGCAGACGGCAACUUUGUGAAAAUUAACCUGAAGAAAAAGUCUCACGUGAAAGGCUUCGCUCUGAGGGGGGCCGCCCUGCGCAAGCAGAUGUACAUGCAGAAAUUCCAGCUGAAGGGGGAGCACUUCGGAGGGGGGGUGGGCAGAGGACGCGGACGAUUUACUGGGUUCAGGCGCCAAGGGGACAGCUGCUUCCGGUGUGGAGGAAUCGGUCACUGGGCCCAGGACUGCCGCGGGCGAGCUCCGGCCCCCCACGCCGGGUGUCGAGGCCUCCAGGAGGUGCCCGACGCGGAGGAGCCCUUCGAGCUCCCCACCCUGGAGGAGGUAGCGAGGGCCACUGGCACCCUGCGCUGCGAACUGCCUGCCACCCAUGGAUGCAAAGCGGAGAGUGAGGAUGUGAGCGACAAUGGGGGGGAGGUUCUGCUGAACGUCAUGCGGCCCGACUACGAGAGGCCUCCACCUCCACCUCCAAUGGAGCCAUUCUACGACCUGGGAGAAGACGGCAAAGUUAGAGCUGCCACCGCCGAGGUACACGAAGCCCUCGCCGACUUCGGCUACAAGUCCUUCAGGCCUGGACAGGAAGAGGCCGUUAUGAGAAUCCUCUCAGGUCUGUCCACACUGGUCGUCCUCUCCACCGGAAUGGGCAAGUCCCUCUGCUAUCAGCUCCCGGCUUAUCUGUACGCCAAAAGGUCAAAGAGCAUCGCGCUGGUCGUGUCCCCCUUGGUGUCGCUGAUGGACGAUCAGUUGUCCGGACUCCCUCCGAAGCUGAAGGCAGCUUGUAUCCAUUCUAACAUGUCCCGGAAGCAGAGAGAGGCUGCAGUAGAGAAGGUGAAGGCCGGCCAGGUGCACGUCCUGCUGCUGUCCCCCGAGGCUCUGGUGGGCGGGGGACACUCGGGGUCUGGCUGUCUGCCCCCAGCCAGCCAACUCCCCCCGGUGGCGUUCGCCUGCAUCGACGAGGCUCACUGUGUGUCCGAGUGGUCUCACAACUUCCGACCCUGUUACCUGAGGCUGUGCAAGGUUCUCAGGGAACGCCUGGGCGUGCACUGCCUGCUGGGCCUGACAGCCACCGCCACCCUGUCCACGGCCCUGGACGUCGCCCAUCACCUGGAGAUCGCCGACCAGGAGGGCAUCGCCGUGCGCUCGGCCGCCGUCCCUGACAACCUGCAGCUCUCCAUCUCCAUGGACCGAGACAAGGACCAGGCCCUGGUGUCCCUAUUAAAGGGAGAACGUUUUGGCUCCCUGGAGUCCAUCAUCGUCUACUGCACCCGCCGAGAGGAGACCACCCGCAUUGCUGCACUGCUGCGGACCUGCCUGCAGGGGGUGAUGCUGAGGGAGUCCUCCAAGAUAGUCAGGGAGGGGGCAGAAGAAAACCCAGUGGAGAAGAGGAAAAGGGUUCUGGCUGCAAAGAAGAUCCGGAAGCCCCUGAAGUGGAUCGCCGAGUCGUACCACGCCGGCAUGUCGGCCUCUGAGCGCCGCCGGGUGCAGAACAACUUCAUGUGCGGAGAGCUGCGGGUGGUGGUGGCCACCGUAGCCUUCGGCAUGGGGCUGGACAAGUCCGACGUCCGCGGCAUCGUGCACUACAACAUGCCCAAGAGCUUCGAGAGCUACGUGCAGGAGAUCGGGCCGGGUCGCGACGGGGCCCCGGCACACUGCCACCUGUUCCUGGACCCGGAGGGCGGAGACCUGCACGAGCUGAGGAGGCACAUUUAUGCCGAUACUGUGGACUACUUCACGGUCAAGAGGCUGGUGCAGAAGGUCUUUCCAGCUUGCAAAUGCCAGCAGAUCCACCAGAAGCAGCAAGACAUAGUGAGGGCCACGGAGGUGGAUGAUAUGGAGAUGCUGGAGCUGAUGGAGACCUGCGAUGAGCUGGAGUGGCAGGUCGCAGUCACAGAUGAGAAGAUGGAGCCGGAACACCAAUCAGUAGUGCCGGACGGCCAACAGGAAGAGGUCAAAGGUCAUGAGGAGGAGAUGGACAAAAUCGAACCAACGGAAGCCACGGUUCAGUCCCUAGAAGGGGAGCAGAGCAAGGAGGAGAACCUGGAGGCAUGGCGGGUGAAUGGCCGGACGGAGAAAGCAGCUACGGCCCGUGUGUGCCACACCCACGAGAGGGCCAUACCCAUCCAGGAGACCGUGGAGGCUCUGGAUGUCACAGAAGAGGGUCUCGAGACGCUGCUGUGUUACCUGGAGCUGCAUCCCCAGCAAUGGGUGGAGCUCCUGCACCCCACCCUGUCCACAUGCCACCUGAUGUGCUACGGAGGGCCCCAGCAGCUCCGCAAGCUCACCAAAAUCUGCCCGCCUGUGGCCGUGGUCCUGGCGCGCCGGCGGCUGACAGGAGAGAGGGUGGAGGCCUGUAACUCGCUGCAGUUUGAUGUGGUGGAGCUGGCGGACACUAUGGGCUGGCAGCUGCCGCUGGUGAAGCGAGGCCUCCGGCAGCUGCAGUGGGGCUCGGACGGAGGGUCUUAUGGCACCAGCAGGAGUGGCGUCCUGGUGGAGUUCUCUAGCCUCUCCUUCUACUUCCGCUCCUAUGGUGACCUGACCGCCGAUGAGAUGGACUGCGUCUGUGAGUUCCUGCACCGGCGUGUGCUGACCCAGGAGAGGACCCAGCUGUACCAGCUGAAAGCCUGCUUCAGGGCCUUCCGAAGUGUCGCCCACCGGAGCUGCGGCCCUUGUACAGACGAGUGGAAUGAGGAGAGGAGUCUGAAGCUAAAGGCUUUGCUGAAGGACUAUUUCGACAAAAAAAUGGACCCCGACCUGAUUAGGAAGUUGGAGGAGGCUGAAGAGGAGGAUGAUGAUGAUGAUGAGCUGAAUAAAUGCAAGAUGAGUGACUGGGAAGAUCAGAUUCGCGCCGAUAUCCGAGGCUUCCUCGCCAGCCGCAGUGACGAGAAGUUCUCCGGGAGAGCCGUGGCCAGAAUUUUUCACGGCAUCGGGAGCCCCUGUUUCCCAGCUCAGACCUUCGGCAGGGACCGACGUUACUGGAGGAAAUACAUUCGCUUUGAUUUCAACGAAAUUAUCCGUCUCGCAACCCAAGAGAUCAUCUGCACCAAGUGAACAUCAUCAGGCAAAGACUGACCAUGCAGACGGUUCUCUUUGUGAUUCUCUUUUGUACGAUUUGAGGAAGCACUGACACAUUUACAGUACAGGAACUUAUUUUCUGCUAGCAAAUAUCAUGAAUGUGAUUUUGGUUUUUAUUUGUGUUUUUAUAUACAAAUUGUGUUGUAUACAAAUGUCUGCUGUGAGUUAAUGUAAUGUAAUGUGUCUUUGACAGUUAAAGGUGUUUUAUUUAAUAAAACAAGUGUUUAUCCUGUA